AUGCGUGUCAUUGAGCGAUUAAAUAUUGAUGGUAUGAGUGAGGAUGAAACCAAUACCCCACCUGGGGUGAUACCGAAGGUUACAAGGCGAGUUGGCCUUCCUUGGCUCAGUCCUGACAUCACUCAGUUAUUGCAUGCCAUGGAAUCCUUCAUGCCAGCUACUUAUGAAGAAAAUCUGACCGUCCCUAUUGGGAACUCAUCCCUUCCACGCAUCUUGGAGCAGAAACGCACAGCCCACAAUUCCAUUGCGAUUCAGAAGCUUCCGCGCAACUGGUAUGAUGACACCUGGUAUAAAGCCAACUCGAGUAGUGCUUGCGCAUUCCUGGGUGUUCGCAAGGCAUUUAACAUCCCACAUUUGGAGCCAUAUCAUUCUCGCUCAUAA